CAAGGAAAUUAGAUCAGUCAGUGUUCAGACAGCGGAACUUGGUACACGUUCGUUUGAACGAGCAGUUAGUUGGAACUGGAUCUUGCUGGAUUCUCCACGAAAGAGGAUUAUCCUUACCUCGAGUUCGAAUUUUGGAUUAAAGAAGAUGCUGCACCUAUUUCUUCUAGCAGGAUUGUUCUGCACCUUAACGGCCACAGAAAUCUUAGAAACCAUAGUUCAAUGGCCGCUUCUGGACUUCGCCCUUCCAUACGAUCGAGAAUUCCUUAAUCAGUAUCGGCCCGAGAACGUGGUUCCAACUGGCAUCGAGGUGGGUUGGGACAAGAUAUUCAUCAGCGUUCCAAGAUUACGAGUGGGCAUCCCCGCGACCUUGAACUAUAUCUCGAAGAAUCUUCCAUUGGAGAGCAGCCCUCAAUUAAACGCUUAUCCAUCGUGGGAUUGGCACAGCGCGGGAAAGGGCGAUUUAAAUUGCUCGUUGCUGAUCUCUGUGUAUAGAACGAAAUUGGACAGGUGCAAUCGAUUGUGGGUCAUUGACAGUGGCGUAAUGACGUCGAUCGAUGACUUUAGACCGGUUUGUCAACCGAAGAUAAUGGUAUUCGAUCUAAAGACCGAUCAAUUAGUGCGACAGUAUACUUUUCCACGCGAGUCUCUAAGACCCAAUACAUUGCUGACCAAUCUGAUUCUCGAUGACACCUCAGCAACUACCUGUGACGACAUGUUCCUUUACAUAAGUGACACUACAGGACCCGGUAUAAUUGUAUUCGAUGGCGCAACGGAUAGAAGCUGGCGAAUUUUGCACGCGAGCAUGUAUCCUCAUCCAGAUUUUUCCACUUAUCGAAUCGGAAGCGACAUGUUUGAAUUGUUCGACGGUGUCAUUGGCCUAGCAUUCUCCGCCAGACUUGGAACAUUAUACUAUCAACCGUUGGCUACGGAUCGUUUAUUCAGCGUACCAACCACAGCUCUUCAAGCGGGUCCACCGGCAUUCGGUGAACAGCUGCCGGUAACUCUGGUCGGUAAAAAGUCGAGUCAAGGACUGGCUCUGGCCGUUGAUCCUCGUGAGGAUACAAUUCUUUUCGCUCCGUUCACGGAAAUGGCGAUCGCUUCAUGGCAACCACAAACAAAUCAGCAAAGGAUUCUAGCCUAUACACCAGAAAAAUUGCAAUUCGUCGCCGAAAUUCGAUGGGCAGAGCGCGAUAAUGGCAACAUUUGGGUGAUGUCCACCAAGUUUCAAAAAUUUUUCAAACAAGAAGUGAAUGCACGCGACAUCAACAUUCGAAUAAUGAGGCUAAUAUCCAUGCAACAAUCGACCCAUAAAAAUCCAAUCCUCAAUUCCUUUGCGCAAUCAUAUUUUCCAUCACAAUUUUACAACAAUACGAUAAACGUGUUUUAAAAACGAAAGAAAUGUUUAAAAUUAAAUCAAAAAAUACUUAAACAAUUCGAAAGAUAAUUCUUCCAUUAAAAAUAAACUAAAAAUCAAGAAUAAAAAAAUUACGUUUGAAACUUUGUAUCUUAUUAACAAUUAAAAAUACGCAAUUUUUUUUAUUUUUGAUUUUUGUUUUAUUUUAAAGUGAAGAAAUCUUUAAAUUUCAUCUAUAAUAUAGUAAUAAAUUUUUUUUAAAUUUUAUAAAAUGAUAAGAUUAAAUUAAUUCGAAUAAAGGAAAUUCUUACAUAUCUUUUUAUCAAAUUAUCUUCUUAAAGAAAAAAUGGAUUCUAUAUUACAGAAUUGUAAUUUUUUAAAAAUAUUCUUAGUAAAAGAAAAUAGGAAAUACAUACGAUCAUUAAAUAAUUUUAAGAUAAAUGUUGAUAAAAGGAUAAUAGAAAUGAAAAGAUAUAGAGAAUCAAUACAAAUAGAUAUUUAAUUAAAUUCAAAUUAAGUAAUAAUUUUGUACAGAUAUAGUAUUUUUAUAUUUCUUAAGAAAUAUUAUUACUUACUUAUACUUAAUCAAUUUGAAUUUAUAUUCUUGCAGAUGAUAUUAUAUUUAUAUAAAAUAUUAUUAAAAAAAAUUGCAAUAUUUUUAAAACUCUCAUAAAUUAUAAAUCACAAAAACUGUGAAAUUAAUAUUCUAGAAAUCGUCAAAAACAAAUAAAUUACUUGUCGAAAUCUUAAGAAAAUAAAUUUACUAUUCAUUAUCUCUAUAUUAUAUAAUAAAUCUCUUAAGAAAAAUUUCUUGAGAAACGGAGAAUUUAGGAUUGCAAAAACAAUCGAUGGAAUUAAAUAAAUUAUAAUUAUGAAAUCAUAAUGGAAAUUUAUGCAGAAGUGCUUAUCUGUUAAUUUAAAUGUUAUACAUGUAUAUACAAUCGUCAUUUCUUUCUUGCGUUUAUGCAUGAGUAAAUGAUUAUCUGCUUAAAAAAUUCUUCUAUCAAAUUACUGAUGCAAGAUAUUCAUUCAUCAUAAUUAAGUAAAUUAUUGUUGGAAAAUGUGCUAAAUGUAUAGUAUUAUUCAUGUGUUUUAAAGGAAAGAGAAAAUUUGUUACUGGAUAUUAUCAGUUUAUUGACAUUAAGAAAAAUGUAAUAGGAUCAUUAUUGCGGUUUUAUAAAGAAUCUUAAUCGAAUGAAAUCUAUAAAUACAGAAAUAAAACAUAAUAGAUUACUAACUAUAAGUCAUUAUGUUGGAAUUUCAAAUUAAUUAAACUGAGAAUGCUUGUGUAAAUUUACAUUUUUAUAUAUAUGUAUGUACAGGAUGUACAGAAUAAUUUAUAUACACGUAUUUUAUAUACGUGUACAUUUGAAUAAGUAUGAAUAAAGAUUUAUUUAAUUCUUUAAAUAUUUUAAAUAUUUUAGAUAUAUUUUGUACAUUUUUUUCAAAUUUAUAAUUUUCUAUAUAUAUUUACAGAAAUGAAAUAUACAUUAAGAUUUAUUUCUUUGUUCUUUAAAUAUUUAUUGAAUGUUUUAUUUAUAUUUAUCUUGUAUUUGCAAAAUAUUAUAGUUUGUAAAAUUUACAAAUUUACAUCUUUGUAAAACAAUAAAGAUCUUGUUUCAUUCUUCAAA